CUCAAAGCAUGGAGUAAAUCUGCCUUAUCCUUGUGAUGAUACAUCUCUCUUUAUAAUACAAAGCAUGUUUGUGUGCUCACUUCAUGGAGUGAAUUAGAUGGAUUUGAGUUUUAUAUUCUGUCUUGUUUGCAAGAUGAAAGUUUCUUUAAGGAUUCUACAUUUAUAUUUUGAGAUUGUAGAUGAACAGUUCCGAUACAUUUGGUGAACUAAUGUGUAGGAAUCAAUCCAUGAAUGUGGACUAACUCACUACGUUUCAUGUAAUCCCAUCAAGUGAUUAUGUUCGGUCAUGUGCUUGUUCUUGCUGUUGUGCAGGGGCAUUGACUACCUUGGAGUCACUUAGGUUUGAUUUUGACCAAAGGAACACUGUGUGCCAUAGGGCUAUCGUGCUCCAACCAAAACACAGUGCGCACUAUUUAAGGCUCUGUUAUGUCUCAAAAUGUUAAGCGCCAUUUUUUUCUGCGCUAUGUAAUGUGGAAAAAUUCUUCAUAUUCAUCAUUCUCAUGGGCGUAGGAGAUCCAGUGUAUUGGACUCAGUGGGUUUACUCGCUGAAUCAGUGUGGUCAAAUAUCUUGAUGGUGAAGGGAUAGUUUGGAUGUUUGUUUAAGUGGGGUUAUAUGAGGUACUUCUCCAUAGUCAGUGUGUUACUGACAGUAGAUGGAGUUAGGAGAAAGCAAAACAAUGUACUGCUGUGGACUGGGGAGCAACUAAACCUGUUUCUGACACCUAUCAGCUUCUGUUCUCUGUCAGAAAGUCCAAAAUACAAACUAUCCCGUUGCAUUUUCUGUCUGGUAUGUGCCGUGUGUUGCUUUGGUUUUUCUAUUAAUAGUGACAGUAACUAAUAACAAUGUCGUUGCUGUGUGUAUACAUUCUUCAGAGAGGCGAGAAUAGAAUUGUACAUAUAGCCUGCUUUCACCCUUCACCAUUCUCCCUCUCUUUCUCUCACCCUAAGGACUCAAAUAAGAAGUCAAAGAAAAAGAAGAAACAAAAGCACAAAGACAAAGAUAAGAACGGCUGUGACGAUGAUUACAGUGUCGUGUCCAGCAGGAGCUCCAGACUCGGUGAUGAAAGCCGAGCGUCUCGCUCCUCCAGGCUAGACCUCACGAGCUCCAGACUGAGUGAUGACACCCGGGUGUCUCGUGCCUCCAGAUUAGACCUGCAGCCGGCCUCUUAUGCUUCCUCUGACUUGUACAGCUUCAAUGGUCUGUCCUCUUCCAGAAAACCAGGUUCAUCUUUCAAUGAUUACCAGAGCUCCUUGUAUGAAGAUGGCCUCAGCGGUGGGUCACAGCGAGUCUCUGGCUCCAGCUCUCGACCUUUAGAGUACACUAGUUAUCGCAGCUCCAGCUCCAGAGCCUCGUCCAGGGCCGGUUCGGCCCGCGCCAGCCCAGUGGAACACAGCGUCUCUGUUGCCAGUUUUUUGAGGAGCGCGGCCGGUAGCGGCGGCCUCCACCGGGACCUGGACGAUGUUACAAUUCCUGACUUUCCCGAUGUGGAGGACAGAGAUUAUCUUGAGAAGGGAUCUCGAGCAGCUUCUGCCUUAACAGCAGCAACCCUCACCUCCGUAGGCGGGACCUCGUCGCGGAGAGGAAGCGACGAGACGGCUUUUACUAUAGAUGCAGAGACGUCUAUACGAGAAAUCAAGGAGAUUCAUGAACUGAAGGAUCAGAUUCAAGAUGUGGAAUCCAAGUACACGCAGAACCUAAAAGAAGUCAAGGAUGCGUUAGUGGAAGUGGAGGAGAAGUACCGUAAGGCCAUGGUGUCCAAUGCCCAGCUGGAUAACGAGAAGAACAACCUGAUGUACCAGGUGGACACGCUCAAGGACUCGCUCAUGGAGCUGGAGGAACUUCUGUCUGAGUCGCGCCGCGGAUAUGAGGAGAAAGUCAAGGAACACGAGCGUGAGAAACAUGCUCACACGGUGCUUCAGUUCCAGUUCACUGAAAUGAAAGAGACGCUAAAACAAAGUGAAGAGCUGCUAAACGACAUCCGUCAGCUGCGUAUCAAACAGGAAGGCUUUGUUAGAGAAAUCUCUGACCUGCAGGAGACGGUGGAGUGGAAGGAUAAAAAGAUUGGGGCCCUAGAGCGACAGAAAGAAUACACAGACGCUAUUCGAGUUGAGCGAGACGAGCUCAGAGAAGAGACGGUGAAGCUGAAAGACAUUCUGAAGAAACAUGGAAUAGUACUGGGUCCUGAUCUGAACAUCAAUGGAGAGAUUGGUGAGGCAGAAGUGGACGGGUCCCCCAGUGCAGACCCUGCUACCCAACCGGCUCAGGACUCACAGACCGCCCCAACGGAGGGGAACGGCAUGCUCGGCAACACAGAGGAGACUCCGUUGAGAAGUAGCGGAGAGGAAGAGGUCGAUCCAGAGCAGCAUCGAGAAAUGUUUGAGGAAGAAAAAGGGAAUCGCGUGAGCUGUGAUGCACUCUGUAAUGUUGAUGGUGUGUCCACGCUGGAAACAUCGAGCGAAGAACAGCCAACAGAAGAACAGACGUGCUUAGAUGAGGACAAGAAGACGGCCGCAGAAGAAGACAAUGUUGAAGAAAGUGUUGUCAGCAAGGACUUAAAUGUUGACAUUAUUGACCAAUCAAUCACAGAAGCCAAAGAUAUAAUCAUGUGCAGCCCUGAGCUUCAAGAGAUUGUAACAAGUUCUGAGGAAAAUGUUCCAGAAACCCAAGCGCCUAAAGGGGGAGAUUUAGAGGAGACAAGUAACCCAGGUUUAGGGGAGACAGAAACCAAAAGCAGUAGUGUUGACACACAGAGUGAUGACAUUAGAGAGUCAUGUAACAACCUAUUUGAGGAGCAAGAAAACAAACAGGAAGAUGAGGAAAGUAACUUGCAAAGUACAGAAUCAUGUCAUCAGCAAAAAGUUGCACACAGUGUUAUGACAGAAAGUUUGCCUAAUGAGUCCGACCCAGCCGUGUCAAACACCGAACCUCAACAAGAGCCUAAGAAUGCAGAAGAGGCAGAGAACGACGAGGCAGAGGAAAUAUCAGGUAAAUGUCAGCCUCAGGGUGCCGCUGCUGCAGGGAAGAAGAAGAAAAGGAAGAGGAGAGGCAAAAAGAAAGGAACGCAUGACGAUAAGAACCAACAAAAAGAUGGAGCUGACCAAGAAAAAGGCAAAAAAGAAAUAAACGAAUCAGCUACAAGAAAUAAUGGGCCAACGGCAGAACCUGAACUCGACGGUUCUGCCACUGAAACCCUCAAGAAGUCAAGGGUGGAUCAAGAAGAGGGAGUAGAAGCAGCGAAACCCAGGGAAACCUUUUUAACCAAUGAAACUCUGAAAGAAUCGGCAGUGGAACUUGUUACAGAGGAGCACGACAACGAAGAAAAGUUGGAGACGGAGAACGUAGAAGAAGCGGAACCCGUGGCAACUCCCAAGGAAGAAAGGUCGGAUCAUGUUACGGAUGAACAGAACAAGCGACUAAGUUCGCAAACUGAAACGGUAAAAGCAGUAGAGGCAGUGGCUCCCGCUGAUACCUUUUCUCAUGUUGAAACUCUCAACUCCAGAACAAAUGCCAGAAAGGAUGAGCAACACGAGGAACAAACUUUGGAAACUGAGAAAGUAGAGGAAGUGGGAUCUAUAACAAGUCCUGUUCCAGAGACCAACCUCAGCACUUCUGAUCUUAUCGACAACUCUAAAGGUGCGGAGAGCACUGAUGGUCUCGACAGAGAGGGUUCUUCCAGUGUAGAUAACUCUAAAAGUGAAACCGAGAUCUCAAGCACUGACAAUGUCAUCCACAUGGAGUCAGAAAUUGUUGAUGGUGUAGAGGAUGAAGUUGGGUCUAUUGAUGAGAUGCAAUCUGAAUGUACAACUACUAACCCCGAGAACACCUUUAAAACAAGCUGUAAGGAAAACACUGAAGAAUCGCAUGUUCCAAGCAAUGGAGACAUUGCUGCUGAUGAGUCUGAAUCCACAAGCAAUCCUGAGAGUAAGGACAGCGCGUCUGUGUCCCAGUUCUUUAUCGAUGUCUUCACCAACGCUUUCAAGAGCUUGUCUGGCUCAGAGCCGUCCGCAGCCGUGAACUCGGGCAGCGGUGACGCUUCCAUCGAGGUUUCUGGUGGAGGUCCAGAGGAAGCGACUGAGACAGUCAGCGAUGACGAGGAGCCAGGAGCAAAGACUGAGCAGGAAGCCUUUCCUCCUGACGGGGAGGAUUCUGAGCUCAAAUCAGACGGAACUGAAAAGGAGGAGCUGAACGGAGGCUUGAGAGUCGCAGAGGGUUUAGUUGAGUCAGACCGCUCACAUGAUGAAAAAGGUGACCGUUGUGACAGUGCAUCUUUAACAAAAACCACCGAUGCAUUUGACUCUGUGAAGAGUCUGGUGGAGACUGUUGGAGUAGCGCAGGCCGAACAACUGGGUAACGUACAAAGCCAGGAUCCGACAGAGGAAUCAAAUGUCGGAGUGUCCUCUGAAACCGAAAACAUCAAUACCAUUGACCUGUUGACAACACCGGACUCUCCAAAAGAAGCUACUGAAAUUGGGUCCUCAACGGAGCAGGACCACAGAGCUGAAGAGUCAACCGUUGAAGAGGAUCCAGAACAUAAAAACAGUCAAAAUGACCCACAUGAUCCAAGCGAGACAGAGCAACUGCAUGAACCCGGCAAAGACAAGUCUGAGGAUGAUGAUUUGUCUCAACCCACCCUGCAGGACAGCGAGGAAGAGGAUGAAGGCCAUUCUUUUGAUUUCAAUGACAUGGACGUGGAGGAGGCUGUAGCGACAAGUCUCCUUGAAAACCGGAGCCAGGAAGAAGUGGGGGAGGGAGUUGAAGUCAUGCCGGAUGAAAGCAACAAUGGUAGUUUGUCAAAUGAGAGUAGACCAGACGAGCCAGUUGAAAGCACGGUUGACGGGGGUAACCAGGUAGAGUCACUGGAUACUGCGCCUCCAGACAACCUCAACUCUGGUGAGGACGCCUCGUCUGAAAAGGGGGAACGGGUGGAAGAUGUGUGUGAAAAGCAGAAAAACAUUCCAGAGGAAGAAGUGGAUGUGGCAGAUGAGCCCGGGCACAUUGCAGAGGAAGGAGAGCUUUUGAGUGUUGGAGAGGUGUGUGCUGUUGCAGAGGACAUUGUCCAGGCGGCGUCUAUGCCCGUGGAGGAAGGAUUAGAUGCCAUUAAGCUUGAGCUACAGGGCGGAGAUUCACCAAAGAGAGCAGAACAAGUGGCCAGCAGUAAAGAGCCACAGCAGACAGGGAAAGAUGUGAAGAAGAAUGGCAAGAAAGGCAAAGGCAAGGGCAAAGAGGAGUGUAAGAUGUCUUAGCUUAUAGCUAGUAUAUAGUAUAGAUAUAUAUCAUUUCAUCUGGCUUUGCUUAGCUGUUUACAAAGUAGUAAAAUACAUUUGUGCCGCACUUUGAUACUUUCCCAAAUGAAUAUACGUUUGUAUAUGAUUUUAAUUGACUCCAUGUAAACUGUCUGAAGGACAGCUGUCAGUAUCACAACGUGAGCUGCUUGGUGACGGUAGAUCUGACUAUUGGACAAUACUGCACUUGCUAUGUCAUGUAACAUUAUUUUGUCAUUGAUGCACAUUCAUCAUGCUGCUUGUUAUGCGUCAUGGAUGGAUAAUAUUGUAUCACAUCAUUUUCUCAUGCUACAAUUUCAGGAUUGAUUUAUUCAUUGCAUAGGUGUUCAAUAGAAACACACAGAUGUUAUUUGGUAAUUCGUUAGUUAGUGAACUAGCUUUUACAUGUUCCAGCGGUAAUGUUGAUGGUAAAAAUGCGAAGUGCUUGGAGACCCUGAUCUGUUCUCAGGGAGUAAUACAACUGCUGUUUGAAAGUCAUUUCCAUCUACAAGAAUGGGAAAAUGUAUGACACAUGUAUAUUUGCAUUUUGUUGCACUUAAUGGAAAAGACGAAUGUAGUGCGUCCUCGCCGAUAUGCCAAUAAACACCCUGCUGUUACCAGUUUGAAAUGUUGAUCCAAAUGCAUUUUUUGUAGGGAAAUUGAUGGAACGCAAUGUGUCGGCAGUCAUUCAGUCAGCACAUGUACACAUAGAUCUCCGGUUACACCUUACUGUGUGGUCACAUAGUGAGAAUGUAGUCAGCUGUGUGCUCUCGUAUUGACCCUCCUCUCCACAGUUUGUGCAUGCUAACAACCUACCCCCCACCCACACACACACUCCCGUUCCAUCUAUCCCCACGGAAGCCUGCGCUGUUGCAUGCAUCAACUCUCCCCCCCCACCGCUCCCACCAUCUCCUUGGCUCCUCCCACCCCUGGUAUGUGAACUUCUUUUUAUUCAAAGAUGGAUGGCGGCAGUUGUGAUAGUUGUUUGUGAUGCACGACGCUCCAUUUGAAUUAAUGAUCUGUGACCGAGACGAUGUCGAGUGUCUUCUCAAACGUGUGUUUUAUCUCGUAGAGAUUCGUCUGAGGAAACUGGUGGAUGAGCGGGAAAAAAUGAUCGAGCAGGU